GGGGGCCCUUGCAGAGGGAGGAGUCGGAGCCAGGGUCUCCACCCCGACGGUGACCUGGGAAUCCUUGGUUCUGGGAGGAGGAAGAGGAGGAGGAGGAGGAGAAGGCUGAUUCCUGAAAGGCGGACUCCCCCACCCUGGGCAGGGGGGCAGGCCACUCGAUCGCGAGCGAGCAGGAGGAAGCGCCUAAAACGCCUGUGUUCCGGGGCUCCCCCCACCCCGUCCCAGCCUGGGGAGUUAGGGAGUAGCUCGCCUCUGCUGUGACCUUCCCCCCAAUAAUCUACCCGACAUCAUGAGACUGGAGACUGGGGGCCCUCUUGAGGUGAAAUUGCUGGACUGAGUUUGGGGGGCCCUCCUUUGGUUAUUCUGUGCAGGAACUGGGGGACACCUCCCCACUUCCCCCUUUCCACCCAAGACUGGAGUAGCAGUCGUUGCUGCUGUGGAAUUUGAACUCAGGGAUUUUGUGCCUGGAGAGCUGCAGGCUGCUCCCUGGCCCCACUCCUCGGAUGGUGCCUUGGCCAGUGGAGUGAGAGAGUGAGUGGGGGGGUGGUCUCCUCGGAGUACCUCCCCGCUGGGGACUUCGCUCCCCAAUCUUCCUGCUCCUCUCAUUGCUCAUUGUGGGGGAAGAUGUAUGAGAGCGUGGAUGUAGGGGUGCUCACCCCCAGCCCGAACCCCUUCCUUGUGGUGGAUUUUUAUAAUCAGAGCCGGGCCUGUUUGCUCCCUGAGAAGGGGAUUCCCGCCUCCGGCCCCUACUCCACCCCACUCCGGACUCCGAUUUGGAACAACUCGAGCCGCUCCAUUGAAACUCAGAGCAGCAGCUCGGAGGAGAUUGUGCCCAGCCCCCCCUCGCCACCUCCUCUCCCCCGAAUCUACAAGCCGUGUUUUGUCUGCCAGGACAAGUCCUCGGGGUACCACUAUGGGGUCAGUGCCUGUGAAGGCUGUAAGGGCUUCUUUCGUCGAAGCAUCCAGAAAAACAUGGUGUAUACAUGUCACCGGGACAAGAACUGUAUCAUCAACAAGGUGACAAGAAAUCGCUGUCAGUACUGCCGGCUACAGAAAUGCUUUGAAGUGGGCAUGUCCAAGGAGUCUGUGAGGAAUGAUCGGAAUAAGAAAAAGAAAGAGACGCCCAAAGCAGAGUGUUCAGAGAGCUACACACUGACCCCUGAGGUGGAGGAGUUGAUUGAGAAGGUUCGAAAAGCCCAUCAGGAAACCUUCCCUGCCCUCUGCCAGCUUGGGAAAUACACUACGAACAACAGCUCGGAACAGCGGGUCUCCCUGGAUAUUGACCUCUGGGACAAGUUCAGUGAACUCUCCACCAAAUGCAUCAUCAAGACUGUAGAGUUUGCUAAGCAGCUUCCUGGCUUCACCACUCUUACCAUCGCUGAUCAGAUCACCCUUCUCAAGGCUGCCUGCCUGGACAUCCUGAUUCUUCGGAUCUGCACGAGGUACACACCAGAACAGGACACAAUGACCUUCUCAGAUGGGUUGACCCUGAACCGGACGCAGAUGCACAAUGCUGGUUUUGGGCCACUCACCGACCUGGUCUUUGCCUUCGCCAACCAGCUGCUGCCACUGGAGAUGGAUGAUGCUGAGACCGGGCUCCUCAGUGCCAUCUGCCUCAUCUGUGGAGACCGGCAGGACUUGGAGCAGCCAGACAAAGUGGACACGCUGCAGGAGCCACUCUUGGAGGCCCUCAAGGUCUAUGUGAGGAAACGGCGGCCCAGUCGGCCUCACAUGUUCCCCAAAAUGCUGAUGAAGAUCACGGACCUUCGAAGCAUUAGCGCCAAGGGAGCCGAGCGAGUGAUCACGCUGAAGAUGGAGAUCCCAGGCUCCAUGCCACCCCUCAUCCAGGAGAUGCUGGAGAAUUCAGAGGGAUUGGACACUCUGAGUGGACAGCCGGGGGGUGGGGGGAGGGAAGGGGAUGGGAGCAGCCUGGCCCCGCCACCAGGCAGCUGCAGCCCCAGCCUUUCCCCCAGCUCCAACAGAAGCAGUCCAGCCACCCAUUCUCCCUGACCAAACCCCAGCUCUACCCCCUGCGGAAACACGGACACAGCCCUCACCCCACAACCUGGCUUUCUCUGCCUUCAGACAGAAACCACCAUGAAACACGUCUCCCCUCUCCCUUCACCCUCCCCCGCCCCAGGACUGAUGGGGGUCUCUGAACCUCAUGGGGGCCUGGGAUCUGGAUGGGAAGGAUGGAGCCGAGUCUCCUCCUGCUCCGUCCCUGCGAUGGACUUAACUGCAAGCCUGAACUGGAUGUCCUCCUUUGUCCUGGACAGAGCUCCAUGACCCGGUGGGGGUUGGGGCGAGGGGCCGAAGGCUGAAGGGUGCCCUCUUUCCAAAUCCCAGGCCUGGGCCGGAGCAGUGAGGCCCUGCCAGGAUGUCGUGGGAACAGGUGGAGGGAACGCCAUGCUCAUGGAAGAGCCUCUUUGCUCACCACCCCCUACUCUCCACUCCACCCUCCAGCCUCAUGUUCAUCACCAGCAAACUCUGGGGGCUUUUAGCCCCACCAUUCUCAAAACUAGCAAGCCAUCCGCCCCCUCCCUGGGCUGGGGGAAAGUCUGGGGGCUGAGGUGGGGGGGGUGGCUAGAGUCCCCCAUGCUGUGGAAUCCCCUCAGGUUGGUGAUGGGGGGCAGGGCUUCUCCCCUGUACAUAUUCCGCUGAAUCCCGCCCUGCCCCCCUUCCCUUUCCUCCCAGAUAUUACCACCUCCCCUGCUGGUUUUGUUUUUAUUUUAAUUUUUUUGUUUUGAUUUUUUUUAAAUAAGAAGUUUCAUUUUAAGCACAUUUGUACUGAAGG